AUGCGGGGAUUUAUUCAGCGUGAUUCGAGCUGCAGCAGCUGCCUGCCAGUCGCGUUUAUGUAUAGCCUUUGCAGGGUCAAGAUGCAGGUUCGGACAGUGCUGGACGUCAAAGUGGUGGACGUGGAGAAAAGGCGCAGUCCGUCGAAACAUUACGUAUAUCUCAUCAAUGUCACCUACUCUGACAAUACCUCCCACGUCAUCUACAGAAGAUACAGCAAGUUCUUUGACCUACAGAUGCAACUACUUGACAAGUUUCCAAUUGAGGGCGGACAAAAAGAUCCAAAGAAGAGGAUUAUCCCCUUUCUCCCAGGCAAAAUUCUCUUCCGGAGGAGUCAUGUGCGAGACGUGGCCAUGAAGCGACUGCGUUUCAUUGACGACUACUGCAGGGCACUUGUGAGACUCCCCCGACAAAUCUCCCAGAGUGAAGAGGUGCUCCACUUCUUUGAGACAAAAGCUGAGGACCUCAACCCCCCUGUGGAGGACUAUGGCUCCAAGCGCAAGUCCGUAUGGAUGUACGGCAUUACCGACAGCCCGAGGAAAGAGGCGUCAGGGAUUGACAGUUUGGAGCCUAUGAUACUGGAGCAGUAUGUGGCUGUGGCUAACUACGAGAGACAGGAGAACUCUGAGAUUAGCCUCAAGGCUGGUGAGACUGUGGACGUGAUUGAGAAAAGCGAAAGUGGUUGGUGGUUUGUGAGCACAUCAGAGGAGCAAGGCUGGGUACCUGCCACAUACCUCGACUCUCAAAGUGGAACCAGAGACGAUUUGGAUUUAGGCACCUCUAGGACAGGGGAAGUGACUAAAAGACGAAAGGCACAUCUGAAGAGGUUGGAUCGGCGAUGGACACUCGGGGGUAUUGUCAACCGCCAACAGAGCAGAGAAGAGAAAUAUGUAACCAUACUACCAUAUUCCAGUCAAGGGAAGGAUGAAGUUAGCUUUGAGAAAGGAGUCACUGUGGAGGUUAUUCAAAAGAACCUAGAAGGCUGGUGGUACAUCAGGUAUUUAGGGAAAGAAGGAUGGGCCCCGGCCUCCUACUUGAAAAAGCUAAAAGAUGAUUUAUCCCCUCGCAAGAAGACCCUGUCUGGUCCAGUGGAAAUUAUUGGCAACAUCAUGGAGAUCAGCAGUCUUUUACAAAAGAAAUCAGUCAGUGAAAAAGACAUCCAAACAGAUGGCGAGGGUAGCACCACACCGGAACGCCACAUCUCCAAGAAUGAGAUCAGCUUGCCCAUGCCCUUUAGCUCUGAGAUCAACGCUGAGACGGGCAGAAGGCUGAGCGCUGGCCGUGAUACCAACAGCCCGUGUCUGGGAAUAGCCGCGGCAAGCUCUACCAGAAAUGAAGCCAAAGUGAGAGGCGAAUCAUCAUCCCCAGCCGUUGCCAGAGUAGCGCCGCAUAGAGUUGAAAUCGGUUUUGACACCAUCGGGUCACCCAAUCUGAGGCAAAAACCUCCACCAAGGAGAGAGACCAAUUUGGGGUUGCAGUUGCCUAAGCCACCAGAGCCCCCUGCUGUGGAAGCAGAGUAUUACACCAUUGCAGAUUUCCAGUCCUCCAUUUCUGAUGGCAUCAGCUUCCGUGGAGGGCAAAAGGCUGAUGUAAUAGAGAAGAACCCUGGAGGUUGGUGGUAUGUGCAGAUCGGCGAGAUGGAGGGCUGGGCACCAUGUUCCUAUAUCGACAAACGCAAGAAGCCCAACCUCAGCCGUCGAACCAGCACACUGACGAGGCCCAAAGUCCCACCUCCAGCGCCACCUGUGAAAAAGAACGAUUCCGAAGAAGGUCCCCCUCCUACCACAUCCACUCCUAAAAUUACUGACUCUCUUAAAUGUUCUGUGUAUGAGGAACCUGAAUAUGAUGUUCCUGCAAUUGGUUGCGAAGGUGACUCGGAUAUAGAUUUGCUCAAAGAUGAGCAUUCACUAGAAAUUAAGAUUAGCAACAUAGUCAGCAACAAGUACCGCAGUUCCCCACCUUCGAGUAAAGCAUCCCGACCGGUCUGCAAAGAAUCACCAGUUUCCGCUAAUCGAAGGGCGUCAUUUAGAUCUGUUGAAGAAGUUGCUAAAGAGGAAUCAAUUUAUGAAAAUGAUGGCUUUCGCACUAGUAGUGGGAUUGAACGACAAACACCCAAAGUUUCCAGUGAGCCAAAUUCUCCAAAGACCUACCAUUCCUCUACAGUUCCACGGAAACCUUCUGGUUCUUCACCAGUGCCUGGUCACCCCAUAAAGACAAUGACCCCCGAGAUGAAUAGGAGAAGUCAGACUCUCGGUAGACACAGAGACAUUCACUUCCGGUCCCAGGAGAACAGUCCCCAUUCCUCAUCAGAUGAAUCGAAUCGAGGCUCUAAGAAAGGCAUUAACCAGGAUGUGGAGCAGAGAAUAGGUCAGAGCCCCUCCACUAGACCGAAGCCCUCCGUCAGACCAAAACCUCUCCUGACAAAAUCAGAACCUCACAGUCCUGAGAGGAUGGACAUUGGCUCCCUGAGACGCCAGCUGAAACCUACAAGUCACUUACGACACGGAGCCAAGCCGUCUCGCGGAGAAGAUACUGAGGCAGUAUCGAUUCUAACAUCUGAGGAAUCUAUUUCACGCAGUACAUCAGAUAUUUCUUCUGUUUACUCCAAAACUGGCUAUGUCGACUCAGACAUAGAGGGAUUGACCCUCUACCGCUCCCUAGAUGCCUACAAGAAAAUACAAGACUCUGAGAUCAGCUUUCCAGCGGGGGUGGAUGUCGAGGUUCUGGAGAAGCAAGAGAGUGGUUGGUGGUACGUGCGCUGUGGCUCCGAGGAGGGUUGGGCUCCCUCAUACUUUCUGGAACCUGUCAAGCGAAUCAGUGAUACUGCUAGGCGGGAAUCAGAUGGACAAGAUAGCAGUGGUAGUAAGUCCAACAGUCUUGAGAAAAACGAAAAGCAGGUCAUGGCUUUAAAUAACAUCAAUAUUCAGGGUGUGAUGCCGCAGCAACAAGGGUUGAGAAGAAACACUCCGCCAAUCCCGUCCAAGCCUCCCGGUGGCUUCUCUAAGCCAUCUGGGAUGGUUAAUGGAAGUGUGCGGCUGAGGAAUGGGGUACGCCAAGUGGCAGUGAGACCUCAGUCUGUGUUUGUAACAUCGACACAGCCAGCUAAGGAUACUCAUUAUAUGACGGGAUCUCUGAGACGAAACGACUCGCUCGGAAGGAGCGAUCACUAUGGCUCCGGUUCUGCCACACUCGGUGUCCGUCGAAAUGCCUCAUUCAGCACAGUGCGUCCACACGUGGUGGUGGAAAGUCAGACGAGACCAGCCGAGCGCCCUAACUUGGGUUCCUCUGUGAGUGGAUUCAGCUCAAGCAAUGUCCAGGAUCCCCUUGGCAGAUUUACCCAACGCAAUGGUAUCCCCGUUUCCACGGUCCGUCCCAAACCCAUAGAGAAGAGCCAGCUGAUCAAAAAUAACCUUGGCAGGGAUGUGUACGUGUCCAUUGCCGAUUACCGUGGCGAUGAAGAGACUAUGGGUUUCACCGAGGGCACUUGUCUGGAGGUUUUAGAGAGAAACCCCAAUGGUUGGUGGUACUGCCAGGUACAGGAUAGCUUGCUUCCCCGUAAAGGCUGGGUCCCAUCCAACUACCUUGAGCGGAAAAAAUAA